UCCCUCCUUCCUUCCAUCCCUGACUCCCUCUCUCAGUUCUAUCAGUUGAAAAUGUAUAGCAGGUGAAACUACUGCUGCGACCAUCCGCUUUACAAAUGUGCCAACUGAGGCUCAGAGAGGACCAGGGGCCGGCUAGCUCUCUGGUGGAGGCUCUGGUCAUUUAGGGGGCACUAGGCCCUGAGUGCAGAGAGACGAGGGUUAGGCUUAGGGUUGAUAAGUGAUGGAUGGAUGGAUGGGUGUGUGGGUGAUGGAUGCAUGGAUGAGUGGACGGAUGAAUUCAUAGGCCAUGGUUACAUGGAUGGGUAGCUAUAUGGUUGAAUAAUCGACAGGAAUGGCUGGAUGGUGAAUGGUGGUGAACAUUAACCUGGAACAAUGGAUGAGUGUUCAGGAUGGAUCCUCACACAGAUCUUGUUUCCCCAAAGCUGGGCCACUCCCCUCCCCCCAGCCUUCCCCAAGCGGCUCCACCUCCAGAGCCCCCUCUUCCUGUCCCCUCUUCCCAGGUCCGACUGGUUUUUCUAUGACUGCCGCCUCCUCAGACAUGUGGCUGUGGGCCUCUUCUGCUGUGGGGUCUCCGUCUACCUAGCAGGACUAUCCAUCUAUGCUCUGCUGCUCUUCGAGAUCGAGGCGGGAGCAGCCGCCGCCUCCAUCCUUGGCUUGGGCGCCCUGGCCCUGGUGGCCGUGCUGACCCACGCGCUGCAAAUAAACACGAAAAUAUGCUCAACACAAAAACUCAAAAAAGACCCUGCCCGCUCCGCUGAAGUCUCCAAGGCCAGCCCCAGGGCUCCGCCCCAGCAGGGUACCCACCACCAAAUCCCCUACUCAUUCUGCCCAGAACCUGGGGACCCCCUCAGACCCUCAGUCACUGCCUCCAUGCCUGCAACGGUGGCGGGUGUCCGGGAGAGCAGCCUGUCUGCAUCCUGCAUGCACCGGACACUGUUGGUCGGUGGGGGGCACUGGGACGGGGUCACCCAUGAGAUGCGCAGCAUGCUGGGACACAAGCCAGGGGGCUUGGGGAAAGAUUCCACACUGGUGUGAGCUCAGGGGCCAGGGACAGAGAGCUGGUGUCAGGCAGCAGGAGGAGCAGUCUGCAGAGAUCAGUCACAGUAGCAGGACAACUUGUUCUCUUUCAGUUCACAGCAUCCCUCAAAGUUGCCUCAUGGCACAAAGUGACUGCCAGGGCUCCAGCCUUCACAUCCUCAUUCAGAGAGAAAGGCAGAGGCCAGGGCUGGCUCCGCAUCUUUCCAAAGUCUUCCUGGGAGGCCUUGGGACCUUUCUGCUUAUUUCGCACUGAUCAGGGCAUGGCCACAACUUGCUGCAGGGGAGACUGGGAAAUGUAGCGACGCAAACAGUGAGGUUCUGGGAUAGGCAGGAGGGGCGGGUGGGGCUUAGGCAGCGGUUCUCUAAAUGUCUCCGUCCAUUUUACAGAUGAGGAAACCGAGGCCCAGAGAGGGGCAGUGACUCACCACGGGUCCCCCGGCCAGUACUGAGCAUCAGAGCCAGGUCCUGUAACCCCCAUGCUGCUGACAGCGCAAGUCUCUGCGACUCCUUCCAGUCUGUGAGCAUUUGAAACCUGUGUGUGCAGAGCUCAGGGAAGCCCAGGGCCACACAGCCCUGCAGGGCUGCACCCAGACUCCUGGCUGUGGGUCCGUGGCGAGGGCUUCACCACUCUGUGUCUCAGUUUCCUUGUCUGUAACGUGGGGACAGAAUCGAUCCCUCUCCCUAGGGUUCCCAUGAGACUCCGUGUAAGCCAUUCCGGGGGCCUGUGCACAGUAGGUUGUCAAUGUGUGGCAGCUGGUGCUGCUGUCAGUCGGGGCACCUGGUGGCUGAGAAAGAUGGGUUGAUGGCCAGGUUCUGGGGCUCAUGGAACUGGCAGGGCUUGGAGUGGAUAACUCAGAGUCCCAGGGGUCUCCAGAGGCCCUGGCCCCACUCCCAUCCUGCAAAUAAACUCUGGCCCGCACUAUCUCCACCUCACUUGAGCCACACCUGAUUGUGCUUGUGGCCAAGCCCGGGCUUGGGGUAAGGAGUGGGGUGGCAGGAGUGAGGGUGGGGAGGCCAGGAAUGGGAGACGGGGUUUGCCCUGGGAACUGUCUCCCACAAAUCUUCAAACAUACAAAUUUCACCAGGAGUGGGGGUGGUCUGACCCCCCACCCCUACCCAAAUGUGCAGAUGUCCCAGGAAUUUUCCAGCCUGUCCCUUCCUGAGCCACGUGAGGACUCCCGGGCCCAGGGAGCAGAUGAGGCUCGGCCACAGCAAAGGAAACCCCCUUAGGACUCUUCCCAAUGGGCAGAGAAGGGGCAGCACCCAGCAGGACGGCUGGUCCCCAAGCCUGACCCUGGGUAGGACCCCGCUGACCACAGACCUGGGUGUCCCACCAGCCUCGGCCCUCUCCUCCCUGGGUCCCUGGGAAGCUGCACAGACUUCCUCCGCACCAUGGCGUGGGGUCAGGAGACCAUGUACGUGAGCAUGCCCAGUGAGCGUGGGCUCUUGGGGAGCAUGAUGGAUAUCAACAGAGGAUAAAAUGAGAAUAAAUGUUAUGGGCCAGGUG